UCGUAUAAAAAAUAAUGGUUCCUUGUCGCCUUCCGUCAAUUCGUUGCGUGCGGUGUCCAAACAAGAGUACUACCCGCUCUGUCACUUGAUUUUAAAACAAGAAAAAAACCAAAACAAACCGGAAAAAUGAACCAAUUCAAACAAGAAAGGGUUUUCAUAGUGUUAGUGAUUGUUUUUUGUGUUUUAUUGGAACAUAUUCAAAGUGUACCUUUACAGAAUGAAACAAGACAUAGAAGAUCAGCAAGUCAAUGCAAUUGUGAUUGCGGAAUGGUCAGAAGACAGAUGCGGGUAGUGGGAGGAAACAUUACAAGAUUGCACGAAUUCCCUUGGAUCGCUGGAUUGAGCCACGGUGGAGAGUACCACUGUGGAGCUGCUCUUAUAUCCAGAAAACAUCUGAUAACUGCAGCACAUUGUGUGAAUGGAUUUGACGUAAGGGACCUAUCAGUGACGCUUGGCGACCAUGACCGGACAUCAGCAGACCGAUUCAAUCACAUAGAGGUGAGGAGACUGAGAUCUGUCAAAAAGCACGAACAUUUUGACGUGUCCACGUACAACAACGACAUCGCCAUAUUGGAAAUGGACAUACCGAUCAGUUUCAGUGACAAAAUGAAUCCUGUAUGCCUGCCAAAUGCCGAUUUUGUAGAUUACAGUGGUAGAGUCGGCAUAAUCGCAGGAUGGGGCAAAACAGAAGAACGCGGUGACACUUCCGACGUCCUCAGGAAAGUCGCCGUUCCAGUCUGGAGCAAACAGGAAUGCUACAACUCCGGAUACGGUGAAAGGAAGAUUUCCGAAAAUAUGUUUUGCGCCGGCUACGUCGAAGGACAAAUUGACGCAUGUCAAGGAGAUAGCGGUGGUCCUUUGCAACUCAGCAACAGCCUGGGUGAUAUGGAAAUCAUUGGUGUCGUGUCAUGGGGUAGAGGAUGUGCCAGACCAAACUUGCCAGGAAUCUACACCAAAGUAGCUAACUAUCUUCAUUGGAUUGAAGAACAACUCGAAGGCGACUGCAUAUGUCAAAAAGGAGGAAGAUUUUUUUAAGACAUCUGUACAAAUCAGAGGGGUAAAAAUGUAGGACUCUCAUAGAACAAAACCAAUCCAGUUGAAAGAAACAAGAAGGUUACAAAUAGAAUACAAUGGAAAUAAAAAAAUAAAAAUACGUAAAAAAAAUUGACAAAUGAAUCAAUACUGCGGAACAAAUAAAAAAAAUCUUUUAGUAAACGAUACUAAAUGGCAGGUAUAUAAGUUUAGUUUUAAACAAUAUUUGUUUUUGGUCGGUAAUUCUAUACGUGCAAGUAAAAAAUAAUAAUUGGAGAUAAAUAUUCAAAUACACACACAAAAAAAACUCGUUAAACAUUUUGUCCAAGUUAUUGAAAUUACUAUUUUAAUUAUUACUUUAUUCAGUCUCUAAUUAUUAUUAUAUUGUAUUACCUAUAUAUGUGUUGUUGAUAGGUACUAUUUAUUUAAUUUUCUGUAAAUUUACGGUUUUUUUGGGUUUGUUAUAAGAUUAUUUAAUAAUUACUGUAUUAAAUAGUCUUAGAAAAGUCACAAAAAUGCCUUUCAGUGUUUGAUGUUCUAGAGAAUUUAAUACAAAUAUUAAAUUAUUUGAUAUUUAUAGGACAUAAAAAGAGCAAUAUUUGCGAUAUUUUAUAAGAAAAAGCUUUAAAAUAUUUGACAGAUAUUUAACUUUCUUAUAACUAAAACAGACUUAAAACAUUAUUCACUUCCUAUAAAUUGAUAAUUUUUAACUGGGUUAAGGACUGUCCUUACUGUCACAAUGGAACUUGUUGACAAUAUAAAUGCAUUUCUCAUUGAUAAUUUCUAAAAAGAUACACAGGAAGCUUUUAGGAACUACCAAUAUAAUACUAUAUCCCUAUUGUAUUAAAAUUAAUAUAAUUUAAUGUGUCUUUAACCCUGAAUUUUUGAUAUCAGUUUGCGUAACAAUCAGACAAGGUCGAUAUCGAACUGUACAGUAUGUCCCCGGAUCGUCUUUAUAAGAGAAAAAACAUUUUUAUUAUCAGUUUGAAAUAAAAAAAAAGACAUUUUUUGAAAUUUUUGAAAUUGAAAAAGUAUUAGCGGAAUUAAUUAUAUUAGAAUACCCAAAAAAACAUAUAAAGAAUGCAUUUUUUUCGAAAUGUUAAUAAUAUACCGGGUGUUUCUCAAAAGUGGCUCACACCUAUAACUUUCUUAUUUUUUCAGACAAAAAACGAGAUUUGGUACAUUAGUAUAUUUGUAUAUUCAUAACAAAAUCAAAUAGAUACAUAUUCGUGAAAAAAUGUUUUUUUUUCCAAAUAUACUAAUGAGCUCAUUGUUCCAUUUGAAAAAACUGAGAUAUGAUUAAAAAUAAAAUUAGGGCAUCU